AUGGAAAGCAGAGAGAAAAAUUGCCCGUCGCACAGCGAUCGUGGCUGGGCGUGGAUGGUGUUGGUGGGUGCCUGCGUAAACUCGUUCAUACUGGCCAGUGUGGGAUCGAGCUUCUCUGUACUCUUCACGGAAAUUGUCAGCAUUUUAGAAGCUAAGAAAAGCAUGAUUGUGCUCAUAGCAUCGCUACAAUUUGGAGUCUCAUUGGUAUUAGGUCCAGUGUUCAGUCGCUUGGCUGCCGAAUAUGGCUAUCGGCUGGUGGUGAUGACAGGAGGGAUGCUGGCUACGGGUGGAAUGUGUCUCAGCUACGGAGCAGCAGAACUGAGGAUUCUGAUCGGCGCAUAUGGCUUGUUGACAGGAAUGGGCACAGGAAUGAUAAAUACCCCAUCGAAGGUGAUUAAUGGAUUAUAUUUUAAUAAGAAACUCUCGCUGGCAACCGGACUUGCGAGCACGUCUGGUGCCGUCGGCGCCCUCGUUGGCCCUCUACUGUGUGUCAAACUCAUUGAGCUGUACACCUGGCAUGGCGCACUCAUCAUUCUAGCCGGCAUGUAUCUACAAACGGUGGCAGCCAGCGCCCUCUUCCGGCCAAUACCAAAAGCAGCAAAGGAGGAGCUAUGCAAACGUCGCGGCGGCUAUCGUUCGCUAAUGAUGCCGAUCACCGAUAUGAUAAAACUCGGAGUUCACUGUUUGAACAACGUCGCAAUGGGCUUCAGCGCGUUUAUAAUGGUGACAUUCUGGGUGCUGUACGGCAUGUCGCAGGGCCUGAGCUUCACGCGGGCUGCGCAGAUGAUGAGUGUGAUUAGUGUGAGCGGUGCCGUCGGCGCCUUCCUGGUCGCCGCCACGGGCGACAGACCGUGGUUCCCGCGUCACGUCGUCUUCGUGCUUGCCACUCUGGCGACGGCGAUCGUCGCCUUCGUGUUUCUGAUCGCUCCGGAUGCACCGCCGGCAUAA